AUGAGUGAAAGUCCACAUUAAUUGAAAGCCAAGAUUGACUUCCUACAUCAAGAAAACCAAUAGUUGAGAGUCACUAUAGAGGAUUUACAAACCGUCAUCAAAUUGAAUAAAUAGUCAAUGCGAUCUAUGAUUGAUUAAGACGUUGCCAAUCCAAGAUUUAAUUAAUAGACUACAAUACGUGAGAAUGAAAACACCGUGAAAGCACUUAAAUUAGUAAUUACAGAACAACAAAAAGAAAUUGAUCAUUUGAUGUCAUCGUUAGAGAAAGUUUAAAAAGAGAGGGAUUUUGCAUAAGGCAAGGCCCUAAUCUCAGAAGAGAUAACCUACGCAGCAGAAAAGAGUGAAAAGAAGUUCAUAGCUGAACUUGAGUCAACUAUUUUCGAUCUUAAUCACACCAUCAGUUAAUAAGCUUAAAAAAUAUGUUAACUUGAAAAAUAAGCUGAUCAAAGAGAUGAUACUACUGGAGUUGUUGUGAGAUAUAGGGAUGUCAUUCAUCCUAAUUCAGCCACUAUUUUACUUCAUGAUGAAAUGGAAACAUUACACCAAUUGAUUGUGAGAUUACAAUUAUAAGUUAAUUACUUAAAGAGUAUUCAAUUAAAAUUAGUGACUCUUAUCAAUAAAGAGAAGUUAUCGAUUUAGAUGAGGAUUAUGAAAGAGCGCAGCAUGAAUUCUUGGAAAUCUUAGCUUAAAUUUAAUGUAAAUAAAUUAACUUAAUAACUAUUUUUAGAAUCUAGAUUACCCACUGUAGAUUUGCCAGCCAGAACAAAUUCCAUCUAAUCACCUAUGAAUACUGAUAUGAUACACUCUCCAAUACCUUCUCCUUUUCCUGCUAAGGCUCCCUAGGUUUUUAAAAAAAAUUGUUAAAAUUUAAAUUAAACAUUUGAUGGAGGAGUAGGUCUUAAUGAAUCAUAUUAAUAAUAUGGAAAAUAGGAUGAUUUUAAGAAAAACAAUUCUAAGUUGCCUGUGCCAAAAUUGAAUUUAGCCAAAGCUUUUCAAAUUUAAUAGAUUAAUGCCAAAAGAUCAACCCAAUAAAUCAAACUAACUGAAGAUCAAUUAUAAAAUAGAGUUCGUAAGUUAGAACAGGAACUUGAAGAAACCAAGAAGAAUCUAUCAAGAGAGAUGAUUUUAUGCAAACAUUAUGAAAUCGAAAAUGAAUCAUUGAAAAGACAUAUAAAAUAAAUUGAAGGAAAUAAUGACAUUUUAGUCAAAUCCAAUCUCAAUCUCAACCAGAAAUGGGAGAAAAUUUAAAAAAGUUUUAUGUUCUACAAAACAUUUUUUGUCGAACAUAAGGAUUAGUUUGCAUAAUUAUAAAUAUUAGUUUAAUCUGAAAAGGAAAAGGCUUAAUCUUAAGAGGAUUACAACGAGUUUGGUUUUAAUUCUGCGAGGGUGAGUCAUGCAAGAAAAGGACAGACCUAAAGAAAGAAAAACUUAUUGGAUUAGACAAUUUCUUUAUAUGUUCCUGCAUAUUAAGAAAGCCUGAUGGAUGUCGAGUCUCGAUUAGCCAGAGUCAAUCAAUCAGAAACAUACAAUCAGAAUAAUAGAAUCGACUCAAGUGUGAUCGAAAACGAUAGGGAUGGCGAACUUGGAAACUAUUGUUUAGAUAGGGAUGAUAGUUACAUGGAGAACAAUGAAUGGAAGAACAAUGUUAAAAAAGAAUGGACAAUCCUAGCAUCCUAGGUUCACUCUGCAAAACCGAAAGAUUUAGCAUAACAAAUAAAGCAAUCCUAACCAAUACAAAAGUUAUAAAAUAUCAAAUCAUGA